CUUCUUCAACCUCUCUACAAGAUGAUUUCAUCAAAUGUCUCCACAAAAACACAAAUGUCCGUUUUCCACUCGACAAAACGUUCUUCACUCCUGAAAGAAACUCUUCGAUCUUCACCGAAGUCUUUGAAUCGACGGCUCAAAAUCAACGGUUACUGACCAAGGCAAUGCCUAAACCGGGAUUCAUAUUUAGGCCGAUUCAUGAGUCUCAUGUUCAAGCUUCUGUCAUCUGUUCGAAGAAACUUGGAAUACAUUUUCGUGUUAGAAGCGGCGGUCACGAUUACGAGGGCGUGUCUUAUGUUUCACGGAUCGAAAACCCGUUUGUAUUAAUCGAUUUGUCGAAAUUGAGACAAAUCAAUAUUGAUAUUGAAGACAAUAGUGCUUUGGUUCAAGCUGGUGCUACUAUUGGUGAGCUUUACUACAGAAUUGCAGAAAAGAGCAAGAUCCAUGGAUUCCCUGCAGGUGUGUACCCGAGCGUAGGCAUAGGUGGGCAUAUAACAGGCGGUGCAUACGGUUCCUUGAUGAGGAAGUAUGGUCUUGCUGCAGAUAAUGUUCUAGACGCAAAGAUCGUUGAUGCUAAUGGUAAAUUACUCGACAGAGCCGCAAUGGGGGAGGAUCUGUUUUGGGCGAUUAGAGGAGGCAGUGGAGGGAGUUUUGGGAUAAUUUUAUCAUGGAAGAUCAAGCUUGUUCCUGUUCCUGAAACCAUAACCGUCUUCACUGUCACCAAGACAUUGAAGCAAGAUGCAAGUUUCAAGAUUCUUUUAAAGUGGCAACGAGUUGCGGACAAGCUUGUUGAAGAGCUCUUCUUACGAGUGUUCUUCACUGUAGUUGGAAACAAAGCAAACAAGACAGUUUCGAUGGCCUACAUAGGUCAGUUUCUUGGUGAGAAAGGCACCUUGAUGGAGGUAAUGGAGAAGGAUUUUCCGGAACUAGGGCUAACUCAGAAGGAUUGUAUAGAAAUGAACUGGAUCAAAUCCAUUAUUUACAGCUCUGGAUUCCCAACAAGCUCUCCUCCUCCCAUUGAGAUUUUGCUUCAAGCAAAGUCUCCACUUGGAAAAGUUUACUUUAAAGCGAAAUCGGAUUUUGCUAAAGAACUUAUUCCUGUUUUAGGGCUCAAAGGGAUGUUCAAGAAGUUACUUGAAGAAGACGUAGCAUUAGUGAUUUGGACUCCUUACGGUGGAAAGAUGGAUAAAAUCCCUGAAUCCGAGAUCCCGUUUCCGCAUAGAAACGGAACCAUCUUCAUGAUUCAAUAUUACAGGAACUGGACAGAUAGCGAGGAAUCGAACAAACGCAUCAAAUGGAUCAGAGAGUUGUACAGUUACAUGACGCCUUACGUCUCAAGCAAUCCAAGACAAGCAUAUGUGAACUACAGAGAUCUAGACCUGGGACAGAACAAGAACAACUCAAAGGUUAACUUCAUAGAAGCUAAAAUCUGGGGAGCUAAUUAUUUCAAAGACAAUUUCAACAGAUUGGUGAGGAUUAAAACAAAGGUUGAUCCAGAUAACUUCUUUAGACACGAGCAGACCUCCCUCCAAGAUCAAUUCAUAAACUGUGUCAAAAGAAACACGCAUGUUUCUUUUCCACUCGAGACAACGUUAUUUGCUCCUGCGAAAAACGUCUCUACGUUCAGCCAAGUUCUUGAAUCAACGGCUCAAAAUCUCCAGUUCUUGGCAAAAUCUGUGCCUAAACCGGGAUUCAUAUUUAGGCCGAUUCACGAGUCUCAAGUCCAAGCUUCCAUCAUCUGUUCUAAGAAACUCGGAAUUCAUUUUCGUGUUAGAAGUGGCGGUCACGAUUUCGAGGCCUUGUCUUAUGUCUCACGGAUUGAAAAACCGUUUAUAUUACUCGAUCUGUCGAAAUUGAGACAAGUCGAUGUUGAUAUUGAAACCAAUAGUGCUUGGGUUCAACCUGGUGCUACGCUUGGUGAGCUUUACUACAGUAUUGCAGAGAAGAGCAAAGUCCAUGGAUUUCCCGCGGGUUUGUGCACGAGCGUAGGCAUAGGUGGGUAUAUGACAGGGGGUGGAUACGGUUCCUUGAUGAGAAAGUAUGGUCUUGCGGGAGAUAAUGUUCUAGACGUAAAGAUGGUUGAUGCAAAUGGUAAAUUACUCGACAGAACCGCGAUGGGUGAGGACCUAUUUUGGGCGCUUAGAGGAGGCGGUGGAGCGAGUUUUGGGAUAGUUCUCGCAUGGAAGAUCAAGCUUGUUCCUGUUCCUGAGACCUUAACAAUCUUCACCGUUACCAAAACGUUAAAACAAGACGCAAGGUUGAAGAUUAUUUCUAAGUGGCAACAAAUUGCAUCCAAGCUUGUUAAUGAGCUACACAUCCGAUUGUUACUCAGAGCCGAUGGAAAUACUGGAAACAAGACUAUUACAAUGUCCUAUUUAGGUCAGUUUCUUGGCGAGAAAGGCACCUUGAUGAAGGUUAUGGAGAAGGAUUUUCCAGAACUAGGGUUAACUCAAAAGGAUUGUACCGAAAUGAGCUGGAUUGAAGCAGCCCUUUUCCAUGGUGGAUUUCCAGCUGGUUCUCCUAUCGAAAUUUUGCUUCAACGCCAGUCGCCUUUAGGAAAAGAUUACUUCAAAGCAACGUCAGAUUUCGUUAAAGAACCUAUUCCUGUUUUAGGGCUCAAAGGAAUUUUCAAAAGAUUGAUUGAAGGAAAGAUAACAUUUCUGAACUGGACUCCUUACGGUGGUAUGAUGUCCAAAAUCUCCGAUUCCGCGAUCCCAUUUCCUCACAGAAACGGAACUCUCUUCAAGAUUCUCUAUUACACGAACUGGCUAGAGAAUGACAAGACAUCGAGUAGAAAAAUCAAAUGGAUCAAAGAGAUAUACAGUUACAUGACGCCUUAUGUCUCAAGCAAUCCAAGACAAGCAUAUGUGAACUACAGAGAUCUAGACUUCGGACAGAACGAGAACAACUCAAAGGUUAACUUCAUCGAAGCUAAAAUCUGGGGACCUAAGUACUUCAAAGACAAUUUCAACAGAUUGGUGAAGAUUAAAACAAAGGUUGAUCCGGAUAACUUCUUCAGGCACGAGCAGAAGAAGAGCAAGGUCCAUGGGUAUUCUGCGGAUUUGUGCUCGAGCUUAGGCAUAGGUGGGCACAUAACAGGCGGUGCGUAUGGUUCAAUGAUGAGGAAAUACGGUCUUGGUGGAGAUAACGUGUUAGACGCAAAGAUCGUUGAUGCCAACGGUAAAUUACUCAACAGAACAACGAUGGGUGAGGAUAUGUUUUGGGCGAUUAGAGGAGGCGGUGGAGCGAGUUUUGGAAUAAUUUUAGCAUGGAAGAUCAAGCUUGUACCUGUUCCUAAGACUGUAACCGUCUUCACCGUCACUAAAACGUUAGUACAAGAUGUUGGUAACAAGAUUCUUUCAAAGUGGCAAAUGGUUGCCGCGGACAAGCUUGUUGAAGAGCUAUUCAUCAGAGUGAUCUUCAACGUAGCUGGAAACAAUGGGAACAAGACUGUGACAACGUCGUACAAUGCUCUGUUUCUUGGCGACAAAGGCGCGUUGAUGAAAGUUAUGAAGAACGGUUUUCCAGAGCUAGGACUAAUACCGAAAGAUUGUAUUGAAAUGAGCUGGAUCGAAUCAAUUGUUUAAUUUUCAAAACUAGUGUUCAGAUGAAGCCCAAUAAGAAAAUAAGAUCUAUCUU